AUGUCAUCGGGAAACGACGUCAUCCACGUGGGGUUGAACCGUGACGUCACCCUCCCGUCUCCCUCCAACUUGUUGGUUGUUAUACUCUUUCCUUUUUAUCUUUCUAUCUUCCCCUUUCUCCUGCUGGCAUUGCAUCGCAUCGCGUCGCAUCCUGGACCCUGCAUCGCAAAUCUGUUCUGCCACCCGUUAGGAUACCCCUUAGACGAAAUACCCCCGACCGGCUCGCUCAGCCACCCACGAAAGUCUAAUCAGGAACCACAAAGUCAGAUCCAAAGAAACAACACCAACUCAGCUCGGAAAUCACCGAAAAUGGUCGGCUCCAUCCACGAACGCAUUCGCGAAGACCUUAUCGGCAAGGAGCGUCGUCUCUGGACGGCGCUCACCUCGGCUGACCCGGGGCCCGAAAUCAAGAAGAUGUGUAACGAAGAGGCCAACCUACUUUUUCCGCAGCGCGAGGUUCUGCACCUGCAUUCGAAGCCGUCAAUCAGCGAGGCACUGAAGCCACCCUUCCAUCACUUCGACGAGUACGAACUGCAGGAGGUGCGCGUGAUCGUCAUCGACUUGAUGGCCGGGUCAGUAACGUACAAGAUCAAUGCGCGCCGCGGAGAAGAGACGUACCGGGGCACCGGGUCGACGACAUGGAGCCAGGGGAGUGAUGGAGAGUGGCGGAUUGUGGUGCAUCAGGAGACAUUAAUGUGA